UCCACGCUGACACGAAUCAGUUACGCACAUUUCACACACUGGCUGCAGAAAGCCCCGCUGACGCCUUAACCCAAAGGGUUUGUCGCUUGGAGAGAGGCCGCAGUUCUCUCAUUUGGGUCUCCCAAAGGAAAUCCCUCCAUGAAUCUUCCCCCGGGGUUUUCCCUGCCUGCUCCGGACAGGCGGCACACGGGGACGCCGCCAUGGGAUGUGUGUGGGGCAGACCGUGCGGGGACGGUCCGUGCUCGGGUCCCACCUUCUGGUUGCCAUCCAGCCUCCCGUGUGCCAGUCUCUGCAGAAAAAGCCCCUGAGGUGGGGGUGACACCGGGGUGUCAGGGCUGCUGUCCCCGGCAGCUCGUGGGCUAUUCAGCUGCGGCGGUGGCAGGAAGCUCAGGCCCCGCUGCCAGUUUGCACCUCGAUGGCAGAAGCCCGAGCGGUCAUCGGUCAUCGGUGCGUUGGUUUCCUGUCCCCUCCUCCGUGUCCCCAGCCCUGUGCCCUCCCGGCUCUUCGGCGUCAUGGAGGACGAGGACGGCUACAUGGUCUUAGACAAGCGGGGGGCUGUGGGGAGCCCGCGUCCCCUCCGGGAUGCAGGUAUUGGGGGUCGUGUCUGCUGGUCCCCCCCCAAAUUUGGUGGGGGAGAGCGGAAAUACGGGGUGGUGAUGACUGGUGCGACUUGAGAAGGGCGAGAAAUGGGGUGAUGUCACCCGUUAGGGCCCCGAGAGCUGCUCAAGCUGGGGAAACUGAGGCACAGAGGGAGGGAGGAGGGUCUGGGGGGGCUUUUCUUGAGGCUGUGGAUUGUCAGACCCCCCCGGGGGUGGCUGCUGCCCUGCCUCUGCCAAGCUACGGGUCUCAGCUGUGACCCAAAAAAGGGAGCAGAGGGAGUUCUGGGGACACCCAGCUCCUGCUGCUGGUUCUUACUGGGGUUUGGGGGGGUCUCACCAGGGUGUUUUGCCCCAGGACCCCCUGCUUUGCCUCUCUGGGGAUGGGAGAGGGCUGAUGGAUGCCCUCAAGCCCCUCCCCUCCACUUUUUUUGUACCCCUGACCACAGGAUCCAGCCUGCAAGACCCCCAGGGGGGUUUUGCCCCACGGCAGGCGAGUGUCCUCGCAGGAGCCCCCCACCGCCCCUGCUGCAUCCUCGGGGUCCUGACGGCCACCCUGGCACUGUCCCUCGUGGUGUGCGUGGCUUUGCUGAUGGCGGAGAGAGGACAGUCCAAGGGGACACUGGGAUGCGGGAACGCGUCGCUGGCAUGCAGCUGUACCGGCGUGGGGGUGAGGAAGAGCCUGUGCCCCCUGCGAGAGGGCGAGGGGUGCAUGCUCUGCCCCACGAACUGGACGCUGCGUGGGACCAAGUGCUAUUGGGUGUCCGCUGGGAUUAACCCUUGGAGCGUCAGCCGGGAGGACUGUGUGAAGCGAGGUGCCGAGCUGCUGAUGCUGGGGGACCAGGAUGAGCUGGUAAAGGGACCGGUGGCAUCGGGGAUGUGGGACGGGGCCGGUGGCACCUGGGGAAGGGCUGAGGGUUUGCCCAGAAACCUGGGGUCAGCACCCGGCCCUGGGUGCCUUCGCGUGGGGGAUGCCGGUGGGGCUCUGUCCUGGGACACGGGGGCUGGAGCCUGUUUUGGGAUGGUGGCCUGUGGCACAUCGGCGUCACCGCCUGCCCCCUCUGCGAUACAGGAUUUCCUAAAUAAAAUCCCCCGUAAACCCGCCGGCUACUUCUGGAUCGGGCUCUACGCCGGGGACGGCUGGACCUGGCUGAACGGCUCCCGCCUGGACCCGAGCCGGUGAGCGCCUUGGGGAGGGACGGGUGUCGGGGUGGGCACCGCCACCAUUACCCGAGGGACCUUCGUGUGUGACGUGGGCUCCCUCCCGCACCCGCAGGUUCCAGCUGCGCCCCCCGGCUGAAGGCGGCUCCUGCGGGGUGAUCA